UAUAUUUUGCGCGUUCCACAUAUAGAGAAGACAACUCGCUCUUGUGAGAUGAUAUUUAAUUUAUUGUUUUCCUUUAUGUUCAGUUAAAAUUAGGCUUGCGCAUKUUUGCUGUCUUGUUUUAGUAGCUUUUAAUGGAGGUGGAGGAGAGUCUAAGCACUGGAGGUGAGAGGGGGAUUGUUCUUCAGGAUGAGGAGGUGAAAAAGGAGAAAGACGAGGAACCAACUGCUGACACAGAGGAGGAAGAUGAAGAUGCUCUCCCGCAUUCAGAGAUCCUGGAUAUCUUCGAGGAGGGACUGGCUCGACUUGUGCAGGACCCUUUACUCUGUGAUUUGCCAAUACAGGUGACCCUGGAAGAGGUGAAUUCCCAGAUUGCCUUGGAAUAUGGCCAGGCGAUGACUGUGAAGGUUUUAAAAGCAGAUGGUGAAAUAAUGCCCAUUGUGGUUGUCCAGAAUGCGACAGUCCUCGAUCUGAAGAAGGCCAUUUGCAGAUUUAUGGAGUUGAAACAGCAGCGAGAAGGCGGCGUGAAACAUAUCGGCUGGAGAUAUGUUUGGAGAACUUACCAUCUGAUAUUUCAAGGCGAGAAACUUGAAGAUGACACAAUGAGGCUCAAAGAUUAUGGGAUCAGGAACAGAGAUGAAGUGACGUUUAUGAAGAGACUCAGGAAGAAGUGAUGCAGCGUGUUUGGAGAAUAAACACUAUUUCCUGCAGUGUCCCUGUUUCUUUAAAAUAAUUAAAACUUUGUUUUAAUCCUUUUUUUUUGUAUAAAUGUUUCUUUGUCUGGUAUCUGUUGGUUUUAAAAUGUGCCUCUGUUGUAAUGUAYAUGUAAUUACAAUAAAUAAGAUUUUUGUGGAAGUGCUUUGUGAAUAUUAAAAURUUUCAGUAUUUUCA